CCCGCCACCCGCCGCCAUCCGCCAUCUGGUCCUCGUUUCACAGAGAUAACAGACCGGGUUACCGUUUUGACAUCGCAUCACCAACCUUGCAGAUGGGUGAGAGCCUGGGAAUGAGGUGAACCGGGCGGCGAAUCAAAGGGUUUUCUUAUAUUCAAACAUUCUCAUUCGCAUACACGUAACGUGCUUCGGUACACAACAAUAUCUAUUAUUUCGCGAUUUCAUUACAAAUGUAAAAUUUUUAUUUGUUAUUUCUGUGCAAGAUCUGAAAAGCAAUAUUGAAACUAAACCGCCUCAUCCCUUCCCUCCCUGCUAACAAAAUACGCCCCGGGAAUUCUGACCAAUCAGCGAAGAGCUUGUGGUAAACGUUCGAAAUUCAAAUGUGUCGCAUGGACGCUAAGCAGAAAGCCGAUCAAUGGAAAUCAACAACACUACAAAAUAAUUUGGAAUUCGCAUUUCAGCUAGAACACAGACAAAAUGGUCCAAACCUCAGAAAACUGCCCUUCGAGAAAACGUUCUUCAUCGUCGAGACGAUCGCAAGUUAAUGGAGAUAAAAACAGCAAUAUGAAAGUUGUUGUGCGAGUCAGACCUGCAAACAACAUGGAAAUCGCCAAACAAUCGUCGACUUCUGUUCGUGUUAUGGACGAACGUAUGCUGGUCUUUGAUCCAAAAGACGACUCCAUUGAUUAUUUGUCAAGCAAUCGGGGUAGCAAACAACCGCACUUUCUUAAACGAAGAGCGAGAGACUUAAGAUUCAUGUUUGAUCGAGUGUUCGAUCACGAGUCCAGCAAUCGUGAUGUGUUCGAGCACACGACCAAGACCAUCGUGGAAGGAGUUCUUGGUGGAUAUAAUUGUACUGUGUUUGCUUACGGAGCGACCGGGGCAGGGAAGACGUUUACAAUGCUAGGAGAUCAAUCAAACCCUGGAGUAAUGUUUUUAACGAUGAUGGAAUUGUACAGCAGAAUUAAUGCCUGUAAAGACGAGAAGACCUCAGAUGUGGCUGUGUCGUACCUUGAGGUUUAUAAUGAAACAAUUCGUGAUCUCCUGAUGCCUGGCCAGCCUCUUGCUGUCCGGGAAGAUCCACACAGAGGAGUGUGUGUCAGUGGUCUCACUCUACACAAGCCAACUUCUGCAGAAGAGCUGCUGGGAAUGCUGGAGUUUGGUAACAACAAUCGCACUCAACAUCCCACUGAUGCAAAUGCUCAGUCGUCAAGAUCUCAUGCUGUUUUCCAGGUGUUUGUUCGACAAAAGGACAGGACAGCAGGAUUACAAGCAAACUUCACAAUGGGAAAAAUGUCUCUGAUUGACUUGGCAGGAUCAGAGCGUGCUAUAGUAACAUCCAACAGAGGUGCACGAUUCAGAGAGGGAGCUAACAUCAACAAAUCCUUACUAGCUCUUGGAAACUGCAUUAAUGCACUUGCUGACAAAGAGAACAAAACAGGGCAUAUUCCAUACAGAGACAGCAAACUAACAAGACUCCUGAAAGAUUCCCUUGGAGGAAACUGCAGAACUGUCAUGAUAGCUGCAGUAAGCCCAUCAGGUCUGAGUUAUGAAGACACCUAUAACACUUUGAAGUAUGCAGAUCGAGCCAUGAACAUCACAUGCAAGGUUGUUAAAAAUGAACUGUCUGUGGACAUGCAUGUCAGCCGCUAUGCUAAGAUUGUAGAAGAGCUACGACUAGAGAUCUCAGAGCUUAAAAAGAAACUUUUUGGAUAUGAAACUGGGCCAACAAUGCCAAGGAAGUCUGCUGAUUCUGGUGCACAAACAGAAGAGAUAGAAAGAUUAAGUUCAAGCCUAAGAGGUGUCAUGAAGGAGAGGAUGGUGGUUCGAAGAAACAUCAUUGACAUUGAAGCCACAGAGAAAGAUCUCCAAGUCAAACUUUACAGAAAGGAGCGGUCUUUAAAACGAAUGCAGUUUGUUUGUGUUGAAGGGGAGAAACUUGAGCAGACAAUUUCUAAAACCCAGUUAUGUACGAGCACCACCAAAGCCAAACAAAAAUAUCUAGCCUCAAAAAAAACAGACUAUGAAGAACAAAUAAACAAGAACAACAAGUGGAUGGAGAGGAUUCAAUCUGAAAUGAAACUUCUAGAAAAUGAUAUGGAUGCAAAAGUACAACUGGAGCAAUGUCAGUUGGUGGUGAACUUGCAGCUGGAAAACAUGGAGUUAAGAAGAAAUUGUCAGCUUUACAAGAGACAUAUAAAUGCACAAGAAAAAGAUGCCCAGAAUACAGAGAGACUGGUGGAAAAGUUACUUGGCAUGGUACAGAAGCAGUUUUUCCUCCUGAAGGGUGUCGGCCUUGCUACGCAAGAGUUGACAGAUGAAUAUGACAAUGUUAUUGAAACUGUUGAAAAGGGACGUGAAGUGAGCUGGGCAGAUCAGAAGACAACAGAUCACUGCAGCAGUGAGAAAUCAUUGUUUAUAAGCUUCCAGGCCACAAGUGUUGGAACACCACAAUCACGAACACCAAUCAGAAAACGGCAAUUCAACACACCAGUUGCAAACACCAACAUGAUGCCUUGUAGGAGUGCUACUAGAAGCAACCAAGUGAUAAGGACUUUCACUCACUCACAGAAUUCAGACAUUGGAAAUACAUGCAUUUCUUUGACUAAAGAAUUUGAUGCCAUGUCAACGCCAGCAAAAGUAUCGUGUUCAUUACAAGAAAAGUCCGAGGGACAAAAACCAGUGACACCAGGAGGAACCACAAGACAAAGUGUUAAACAAAACCGAAACAUGGCAACACCUUUACGAGUACCAUCGUCUACAUCAUUCAUAGUUUCAGACAACAUUUCAUCGCCUGCAGUGUUAAACUGCCAGAACACUUUAAAUGAGCAACUAAACUGUGUCCCAAGGAAAGUAACUCCACACCCAAAAGUUUGUUGGGCAGAUUCUCCUGUUAAAGUGGAACACUCCCCUCUAGAGAAGAUUCAGAGCACACUUCGUAAUGCCACACCCAUGAGAGAAUCAACUGACUUCAAUUUAUCAGGAAUACAGGCUCUUGCAGAAACUCCAAAAGACAAAGACCAACAAAUGAUCAAUAUGUCAUCACAACAGAUAGGACCAGUGGCUCCUGCUAGAGAUCCCCUUUCAACACCUCUCAGAGAACUGCCGGUUAAUAAACAUGUGCUUAAAGAUCAGUUGCCAUCUGUGUUUAGUCAAAGCAAUCUUUUUAGUAAAGAUAAAUCAAACAGUCACAAGAAAAGUAAAGACAUGAUGCCAAAAAGAGUUUGUAGUUCCACAAAAGAAAAUGUCCAUGCAUUUCGAGGGCCAUCUAGGACUGCCAGCGCUUUAGAGCUUAACAAGUUGCAUUCAAAGAAAGUUAAGAAACACAUCAGUGGCUUGAGAAGAGCAGUGAGCAGCACUAAUCUUGGAACAAGUAGAAACUUUGUUCCACGCACAUCGCCAAGAAAGGGAACCCUGGCCCAUUCAAGAUCAUUAACUGAGAGACCAAGAUGGCAAUAG